AUGCCCGGAAUAUCUCCUGUCGUUCUCAUCCUCGGUGCAGGACCUAAAGUCGGUCUCCCAACGGCGAAGGCUUUUGCCUCAAAAGGCUACAAGGUUGCAAUUGCAGCCCGGUCACUGAACGAGGCAGACAGCACAGACAGUCAGCUUAACAUCAAAAGCGACUUCGCCAACCCCGACGAUGUUGUCAAUGCCUUUGUAAAGGUUAAGAGUGAGCUGGGAAUCCCGAGCGUAGUGAUUUACAACGCCGGCGCCGCGACCUUCUCUUCCCCAGGCGACCCAUUUGGGAUCCCGUUGGACGCUUUCAAGCGAGACAUGACUGUCAACAAUACCAGUGUUUUUGUCGCCGCGCAGCAGGCCGUGCUCGGCUUCGCGGAGCUCCCUGCCAAUGCGCCAAAGGUAUUCGCAUUUACGGGCAACAUACUAAACGUCAAGCCGCUCCCGCAGUUCCUGGAAUCCGGUGCUGGCAAGUUUUACUAUGUCGAUGAACGAAAGGCAGAUGGUUCAGCCGCUUUUAAGAUUGAUGGAGAGGCACAUGCAAAGCUCUUCUGCGAGCUUGCAGAGGCGAAGACGCAAGGUCCUUGGUUGCAGACCUUCGUCAAGGGCACGGGAUAUGAAGACUUUGGGCCCUAUCGACUAUAG